AUGUUCUCCAAGCAAGCUAUCGCUCUGGCCUUUUCCGUGGCCGCCGCCCAGGCGGCUCACCAGGGGUUUAACUAUGGUUCCACCCUGCCCGGUGGUGGUGUUGCCUACGAGGCCGACUUCAAGACGCAGUUCCAGACGGCCAAGAACCUCGUGGGCACCUCGGGCUUCACCAGUGCCCGUCUCUACACCAUGAUCCAGGGUGGCACCACCAACGAGCCCAUCCAGGCCAUCCCCGCCGCCAUUGCGGAAGAGACCUCUCUCUUGCUUGGUCUCUGGGCCUCCGGUGGUAACAUUGACAACGAGAUUGCGGCUCUUCAGUCGGCCAUCAGCACCUACGGCGAUGCUUUUGGCAAGCUCGUGGUCGGUAUCUCCGUCGGCAGUGAGGAUCUGUACCGUAACUCCGUCACCGGUGCCAAGAACCACGCCGGCAUUGGUCUCAACCCCGACGUCCUGGUCGAGUACAUCAAGAAGGUCAAGGCGGCCAUCGCCGGUACCCCCUUGAGCGGUGCCUCCAUCGGUCACGUCGACACUUGGGAUGCCUGGACCAAUGGCACCAACGCGGCCGUCAUCAACGAGAUUGACUGGCUCGGCUUCGACGGUUACCCAUACUUCCAGACCACUAUGCCCAACGGCAUCGACCAGGGCAAGGCUCUCUUCGACGACGCCGUCGCCAAGACCAAGUCUGUCGCCCAGGGCAAGGAGGUCUGGAUCACCGAGACCGGCUGGCCCGUCAGCGGUCCCACGGAGAAUGAGGCCGUCGCUUCUGUGGCCAACGCCAAGCAGUAUUGGGACCAGGUCGGCUGCCCUCUCUUCGGCGAGACCAACACCUGGUGGUAUAUCCUCGCCGACGCUGGUGCUAGCCCCAGCUUCGGUAUUUCCAGCAGCAUCUCCAACACCCAGCCUCUGUUUGACCUCUCCUGCAAGAGCUCGUCUUCGUCUUCUAGCUCGGCCGCUUCCUCUGCCACCAACUCUGCUGUCAACCUUGGUGCCGGUCACUCCACUGCCACUUCGGCCGCUGCCUCUUCCACUUCCACUGGCUCUAACUCGGGCUCUGGCUCUGGCUCUUCUGGCUCUGGCUCUUCUGGCUCUGGCUCUUCUGGCUCUGGCUCUUCUGGCUCUGGCUCUUCUGGCUCUGGCUCUUCUGGCUCUGGCUCUUCUGACUCCGGCUCGUCCAUGGGUGGUCACUCGACCACCAUGGUCAGUGUCCCCGCUGGUCAAACCCCUACCUCUGCCUCCUCUACUCCUCUGAUCUCGUCUGCUGGCACUCCUUCAUCUUCUGCUGCUAUGGGUAGCUCCGGUGCUUCCACCACUGGCUCUGCAUCUGGCUCCUCCGGUGCCGGUGCCGGCUCAUCUGGCACUUCUGCCUCCGGCUCUAGCUCAGGCUCCGCCGCCGGCUCCAGCAGCUCUGCCUCUUCCAGCCCAUAUGUUGGCUUCAACUCUGCUGCUCGUUCCUCUGGCUCGGCCUUUUCCGCCCUUGCCGCUGCUUUGGUCCUUGCCAUCGCUCUUUAA